AAAUUUCAAAGAUGGCGGCCAGGUGUAGACACGAGAACAUGUUUUUCCACGAAAAUAGUUCAAUUUCCGUGUUUAUCAGAUAGAAAAUCAACACGUCUUUCCCAAUCGGAAAUGGAUGAACUUGUUGCUGAUCUCAGUAGCGCUUUAGUUCGCACGAAUGACCCACCAUCGGCUCAUUCCGACACAACGAUUUGCACCAGAGAAUCCCCUUCGGGAACUCCAAUACGCAAGACAUCAAGAAAACGAAGGGGUAAAAAGCGGCGAUCGGACUAUCCUCCCUCGCGAGAAAUUCGCAAUAUUAGUGCAGAAAGCAAUGAUUCAGUGGAAGAGGCCUUGAUGGAUUACAUCGAAAAUAUUAAGUGUCAAAGUGAUUCUGAUCCGGAGGAUGAAAUGUCGUUUACAAAACGUUUGUUGAAAGUGCAAUUACAUGGGCGUGAUAAUUUAGAUCCCUAUCCUGUCCCAGACAGGGAGAAGGGAGAAAGUGAUUCUGUUAGUGAGCCUUUAGUUGGAUUAACAAAACGCAGAAAAAAGCGAAAACGUAAGCAUAAGCGAGUGUCUUCGUCACAAUCGCUGAAUGAUCGCGAUUCUUCCCUUGCCAUGGUGAACUUAAAAGCACUGAGUCGAACGAGAAAACGCAAGGUAUGUGGAAAGUCUGCCAUCGGCAGUGAGAUUCAUAAUAGCCUUAGACGCAGAGAUGAAGAGGGAAGUUUAGCUGAUAUCGAAAAUGGUUUGAGUAGUGGAUGUGGAGAGCCCAUGGAAACCAACACUUCUUCGAAUCAUUUCUACAAGCUGCCAUCUAGACUGCAACGUGCUUCUACUUCAAAAACUUACAGCAUACCCAAGGAACAUAAUGUACCACUUUCAUCUUCAUGGUUACGCUACGAAGACCGGGAAGAAAAAAUGUCAAUAGAUCUUUUAAGAGCUGAUCUAUCUUCCUCGGGGGAUAGCGAUCUGGAGGGAUUAUUUACAAAUGACGAGGGCUGUAUGGGCGAUGAUGAAAAGGAAGAAAGCUCGUUUGAGUGCGAUGUUAAAAUAAGUCCAUGGUGGGACGAGAAAACUGCAAGUGAUGUAGAAGAAGAGAAAUUCCAGAACAUUGUAAAUGGAGUUAUGGAUGGCUACAGAAGGCCAUUUGUUUCUGGCAUUGAAGGAAAGGAUAGUUCAGGUAGUAUAAAAUUAAUGUAGUCUUAAGUUUUGAUAAAAUUUUGAUCAAAAGUCACUUACAUGUAACAGUCAUCUUGGCUUUGGUUACUUAUGCACUUAUCAGCGGCCUUCCCCUCCCCCCCCCCCCCCCCCCCCCCACCCCCCCCCCUCCUCCCAAGGGCGCAAAAUAACAAAAAAAAAAAAAAAAAAAACUAAUUUGGGAUUUUUUUGUUAUUUUUUAUUCACAUAACUUGUGUUUGCCUCCCCAACAAACUACUCCAACCAACACACCCUACUCACUUUUAUAAAAAAAAAAAUGGAGUUAUUGAAGGCUAAAAAAAGCCAUUUUUUUUUUGGAAUGAAAGAAAAGAUAAUUUAAGUAAUAUAAAAUUAAUUUAGUUUUAAGUUUUUAAAAAAUUUUUGUCAAAAAUCACUUAAAUGUAACCGUCAUCUUUGGUUUGGUUACUUAUGCACUUAUCAGCGGCCCUCCCCCCCCCCCCCCCCCCCUGGAUACACUGGUGGCCAGUUGCAAGUGGCUAAAGAUUAUCAUAGAAAGAACCAUAGAUUUCUUGUGAAAGGUACUUUUGCUAUGUUAGCUAUGACAGCCCUGUGAUGACUCCCCUCAAAGUUAUCCAAGCCAUGAAUAUCUCUGCCUUAUAAAUAAUCAACAGCUGAAAAGGACAGCUGAUGACAGCUGAUGACAGCUGAUGACAGCUGAUGACUCCCCUUCAAGUUAUCCAAGCCAUGAAUAUCUCUGCCUCAUAUUCAACAGCUGAAAAGGAUGAAACAAAACAUUUUUGUGGUGCCUUUGUGUACCACCUAGGAAAGCCAAUGCCAGCCAACAUUCGUCACUUGCUCUGUCUGGCCUUGUUCCCAGUCAUCAAACACAGUGCAAGGAUCAGCCGUAUUUAAACAUCUGUGCACUCAUCAACAGCUCCCCAACCCCCUUAACAACAAGCUGUAGAUGAUAAAAGUGGUUCUCAUAAAGUUAAUAGACAUAAAUUUGGUUUGACACUCCCCUCCCCCUUUACCAAGUUCCAUCCAACAGUUUACAAUCAUGUAAAAGCAAAAAAAUAAUAGACAUGACAUCCUUACCUUUGUAGGAGAGUGCUUGAGUGCAAAAAUCACUUUAACAAGAAGUGUAAUUGAAAUACAUGUUUUGAAAGAAGAUUACUAAAUGCUGUACAAACUUGUUGUUAUGCUACAGGUCUCCAAGGAAGGCUAAAGAAAAACCAAAUUGCACAUGGUCAGGUAAGGGAUUACAAGACAAGCAGAAACAGAAUUUAAGUAAGAAUUGCGAGAGCUGAGAUCCUGAUUCUACUCUCUAGAGCUAUGGGGUUACUGCAGCAUGUUUGAUUUUUUUUGGACUGUCAAGAAUUUUCUAAGGUGGGGUACAGGCAUUUUAGUUUAGAUUCUCUCUUUGACAAUAACUAAUGGGGAAUUACGUUUUAUAAUAUUAUGAUUCUGUUUUGCAGUUUUUCACAAUGGGUGAUAUCAACAGAAACAUUUCAGUGUUUCUACAGAAUGAAAAAUGGACAGAGUGAGUUGUUCAGCAUUAUUAAUGUUAUUAUUAUUAUCAACAUCAUCAUCAUCAUCAUCAUCAUCAUCAUCAAAAAUAUUAAUAUAUUUUUUCAACUGAUGUUUACACUUUUUUUAAUUCAUCUCAAAGUAAAUGCAUGGCCUUUAAGCUUUUCACCAAAUGACAUGCUUGAAUUAUUUUGCUUUCUCUUGCAGGCUUUCUAUAUACCCAUCCAACAAAAUGGAAGCAGCACAGGUAUUGAAAAAACUCUGAGCCUUUCUAUUACUGUCUUUUAUUUGACACACCAGCAUACCCACAUUAUAUUCUUUGUUAAUGCACAGGUGUACCAAUGGGCAUCUUUAUACUCCCUUCAAUGUCUGACAGACCCUGCCCAUAGAGGAAGAGUUUUACUUCGCAAGACAAGGUGAAAACUAGUUUGUAGCAUUUUGCAAAAUAAUAUUACAUAAUUUAUUUUACUGAGUGUAUGAACAACAAAAGAUCAAAGGACAGAAACCAUUCUAAUAUUAGUUUUAUGCCACUGAAAGGUUUGGGAAACUACAUGUAGAAACUCUUAACUCUGUCAUAAUCAUGUAGAUUAUUAUUUGUUAUCUUUUGUAGUCACUUGUCCCCUCCAAGACCUCACAGUCGCCCAGGAGCAGAAUCAAAACGGCGUAGAAAGAUGCCACCUCCUCAGUUUGAUAUAUCACACAGUAAGUACAGUGUAGUGUUGUAACUUCACCUUUUAUAGAAGGCACAGCGUCCAGAACCCUGAGUCUUUUUGUCUUUCAAUUGCCUUGCCUUUAAAGAUUGUUUUCAAUUAUUUUUUUGGUAAACUAUUCUAGGUUAUUCUGCACUGCACAUUUCUGUGGUAUCGUUUGAUAUCCUGUAAGUCUUAACUGUCAGGUUUAUGAAUAAUACUCAAAAAAACAUUCAACUGAGGGCUACAGUAUAAAAACAGUAUCCUUAGUACUGUUUAUUACAGUGCAAACAGUUGUUCUAACAAUCAAAUGAAAGCAUCUAAGCAGUACUUUCCUGUGGUUCCAUUUUGUUAUAAGACUUGAUUGUGAAGACCAUUCAUAUGAAAGCUCCUCCUUGUGUCAAGUAUGAUUAAGUCAGGGUGUGUCUCAAAAACUAAGUUUAAGUUAACAAGUGAUGAUGAUGAUGAUGAAAUCAUGUUGGUUUUCUGUUACUGCUGUUAACAAACAAUAAUACUAUUUAUAGUUGUAUUAAGCAAAUUACUGACCUAAGUUCCUUUUUUUAAUAGCAUCAGUAGGCGGAGAAGCUGACCCUAUACCACCUUCAAACAUUGGCAAUCAAAUGCUAAGAGUCAUGGGCUGGACUCCUGGAACAGGACUAGGAUCUGAGAGAAAUGGGAUCAAAGACCCUGUGCGCGCUUAUUUGAGGCCAAAGGGAUUGGGACUUGGUCAUCCAUGGCCAUCAUGA